UUUAUUGUAAAUCCAAAAAUGAUGUAUUCAAGAAAUCAGGCGAAUGUCCACCUUAAAAUGCCUUUUUUGUCCAUUUGCAUUAACGCAUUAACGGUAAUCCAAAUCAUCUACAACUGCAUUUUCCCAUCACCAGCACUCAACGUGACAACGUCAUUUUCAGCUGCCUGCGCUGUAUUUGAAAUCAAAAAGGUGACGUCUCAACAUUUACAAAAAAUUAAAUCAUAUAAUCUCUAAAAAAGCUAAUAAUAUUGUCCACGUAAAAGAAAAUAAAGUUUUGGUAUAGAAGCCUGACAGAUACAGAAGUACUGGGGACUUAAGCCAAUCUGUGAUCAACAACAUAUGUUUAGAGAAUCAUGAGUGAAAUUCAGGAGUUACAGAAGAAAGUAGCGGAAUUAGAAGCAAAGUUGAGCGAAGCCACUAAAGAAAAGCAACAUGUUCGGGAGAAAAUCAAGGAAAUGUCAUCGGAAGUCGUGGAUAGCAACCCAUAUAGUCGCUUGAUGGCAUUGAAGCGAAUGGGCAUUGUAAAUAAUUAUGAGCGUAUCAGAGACUUCACUGUAGCUGUAGUAGGUGUUGGAGGAGUAGGCAGUGUCACAGCAGAAAUGCUUACCAGGUGCGGAAUAGGCAGACUCAUUUUAUUUGAUUAUGAUAAAGUAGAGCUGGCAAACAUGAAUAGGUUAUUCUUCCAACCACAUCAGUCAGGUUUGAGCAAAGUUGAAGCAGCUGCUGAGACAUUGAGAAACAUCAACCCUGAUGUGGAUAUUCUCACUUAUAACUACAACAUCACCACAGUAGAUAAUUUUGACCAUUUUGUGAAUGUUUUGAAAACCAGCAGUUUGAAAAAUGGGCCAGUUGAUCUUGUUCUCAGCUGUGUGGAUAACUUUGAAGCAAGAUUCACAAUUAACACUGCUUGUAAUGAGCACAAUCUACCAUGGUUUGAAUCAGGUGUUGCUGAAAAUGCAGUAUCAGGUCACAUUCAAUACAUUAACCCAGGUGAAACAGCCUGUUUUGCUUGUGCACCACCUUUGAUUGUUGCAUCAAACAUUGAUGAAAAGACCUUGAAACGUGAUGGUGUUUGUGCAGCAAGUCUUCCAACGACCAUGGGUAUUGUUGCAGGAUUCUUAGUACAGAACACUCUCAAAUAUUUACUGCAGUUUGGACAAGUUACUAAUUAUUUGGGCUACAGUGCUCUGACAGACUUCUUUCCUACAAUGAGGUUGAAACCUAACCCAAAUUGUGACGAUGCAAACUGCAGAUUGAGGCAAAAAGAAUUUGCUUCAAGAUACCGACCACCAGAGGUGGCUAUAGAAGCAAAGGAAGAUGAGAAGCCGAUCCAUGAGGAGAAUGAAUGGGGAAUUAAUUUAGUUGAUGAGAGUGGAGAUACUGGUAGAGAGGAAACUAUGGUAGCAGAAGGUUUAAAAUUAGCAUAUGAAAUACCAGGUGAUAACAGUAUUGAAGAAUGUGAAGAGGCAACUGCAACUAAUGAUGUCAGCUUAGAAGAGCUCAUGUCAAAGAUGAAAUCUAUGUAAUAAUAUUGAAUUCACAAUAAAUAUAUGCAUUCCAACUUACCAUUUUUGCAAUAGUGACAACCCAAAAUUUUAAUAUAUUACACAAAAAACCUAGCCAUAUUUUAUGCAGUGUAAUCUCUUGAAAUAUAAAUUUUUCUGUGUCACUUUUGCUAUGUAUGCUUUGAUCCCAUUUUUUGAUUACCAGUAGAUUUUAUACAAACUAAUUGAUAUUUAAUUUUUUGUUUACAAAUUUUAUUUGCAUGUCCAUUGUUGCUUAAUAAACUAAUUUUUUUCAGAAUCAGUCAUUAUUUGCAAUUCCAUUUUAAGAUGCCAAUACAUUUGUAUAUAUAAAUGGUUCUUAGACCCCCUAAGUGGAACAUGGAGCAUCAGUUAAAACACGCGAGUUCUAUUUUGAGCUAGAGACGUUUCGCCUUGUCUUCUUAGCUCAUCAGAACUGAUAUUCUCUAAGUUUGAGGUGGACAUCCUCUGGCAAGAAAGUAUUCUAAUCGC